AUGCGGGAGACGAUGUUCAAGAAAUGGCCAGCCGGAACAACGGACAAACAACCACAAGAGCGGGGCAGGUUAGCAAGGUCAGGGACGUUUUCUGACCUGAAUUUCGAUAUCUUUGCCGACAGCGAUGGAGCGAGCGAGCGGGGUGGGGAUGGUACACCGAAGAGCAAAAAGGCCAGUCCUUUGAAGCUUGCACGCGCCAAUUCUUUGAUUCUACCACUGCCACAAGCACCACGGGCUCGGACAAACCGCAAGUCGGAACUAUACAAUUAUGACAAGGAGAAUGAUCCAGUUGAGGAAGUGGUGGAAGAGGAAACACCUUCGCUGUCUAGGAACCCGUCCGAUGCGUCCUCUACACGAAGAUCGCCAACCAGAUCGCGAAACCCACAGCAGUUCACGAGGUAUCGGCAGCAAGAGCCCAAUUCUGGGGACGAAAGCGGGGAGGAAGAUAGCUUUAAUUCACUGGAGGACUUUAUUGUCAGUGACAAUGAGGAGCUCAGCUAUCAUGAAACGUCAGGGGAUGAGACAGAAGAGGAAAGGCAACACCGGGAGCCUCAGUCUCCGCCACCACCACCACCACCACCACCACUACCACCUAGAAGGAGGCUAUUUAGAGGUAGAAGGGCAGAUCCGACCGUCGAGUUGGAAAAGGCUUUGCUAGAGUCAGCAAAAAACCCAGACCUUCGCCUGGAACCGUCGCUGCCAGCUGCCAUUACGAUUCCCUCUCCUACACGGAAUAGAAUCCCAAGGAAACUAUUUCAGAAUCACACAGAGGUCUCCGAAAAGAUGGAUCGUCUAAAGCUGGAUGAUUUUGAUCCUUCAUCCCAGCUUCAACAAGAUCUCCUUGCAACUGCCAUCGAGCUGCAAUCUCCAUCCCAGACAUCUCAGAAUGAUAAUUCUGCAUUUAAAACACCCCCAUCUAGCCCCACCAAAGGUUGCCUACGCUCUCCAGUGAAAGAAAAAGUCAACAUUCCACCCACCCCUCAUCGUGAAAGUGUUGAUGCCUUUUGGAGCCAAGAGGCCACCAACGACUGGAUAGACCAGCACUCUCCACACAAACUCGAUAUUCAGCUACAGGAAUUUGACGAGUCUGACUGCGAAGUCGAUAUGGAAAUCAUGCCUCGACGCUCGGUCGUCCUGAAACAGACUAAGACGCCUAGUAAGGCAGCACUGAAGAGGGCAGAGACGGAGGCGAAGAAGGCAGCACUGGAGCGAAAGAAAUCAUUCGAUAGCAAGAAAGCUUCCCUGGCAGAGGAGUUCCUCAAAGCGCUGGACGACGCCGUGGCGGAUGGCCAAGUUCAAAAGCGCUCUGCAGAUACUGGCGGUGUCCGCAUUGUCUGGAGCAAAACCCUUCAAACGACUGCUGGACGAGCCAGCUGGAAACGAGAUAGCUCCUCGUCGAGCGAAUUAUCAUCGUCCGGCCGCGAAACACCAGCAAUCAAGCCCAGCAAGCGCACCGCUACCAUCGAACUAGCCGAACGAAUCAUUGACAAUGAGGACCGGCUCAUCAAUACUCUAGCCCAUGAAUACUGUCAUCUAGCUAACUUUAUGAUUUCAAACGUGCACAAUAACCCGCACGGGUCCAGUUUCCAGAACUGGGGACGCAAGUGCAAAGAAGCGCUGAAGAACCACCCCGUGUAUGGUGGGCGCGUCGAAGUGAAGACAAGACACAGCUACAAGAUCGACUACAAGUAUGUCUGGACUUGCGUUGACUGCGGCCAGAGCUAUGGACGCCACUCGAAGAGUAUCGAUCCUACUAAGUCUCGAUGUGGGAAAUGCAAGGGACUCCUGCAGCAGAUCAAGCCCAAGCCCAGAAGCGUGUCGCCUCGGAAGAAGCAGCCUCCCGGCCGUGAGGUGGAUGAUGUAGCGAGAGGCUUGGAGGAGGUGAAUUUGGAUGUUUGA